AUGGGCUGGGCUGCCGAUAUUGCGGACUAUGGUUAUGAGCACGGCAUCACAGACUUUAUGGAAGCAUGGCACAAGUACAUGGAUCCUGGUCCAGAUUGGGAUCCCGACAAUCCAGAAUGGCAGGCCAGACAACGUCAGCAGCAACGUCAGGAGCAGGCUGAACGAGAUGCUCGAGAUCGCAGUCGCAGCAGGGAGCGUCGAAGAGCGCAGGCCCGUUCUGAUAAGAUCGCUGCAGUCGUGAGAACUUGCAUCGCGAAAGGUCAAACCCGGAAGGACUUGUUUGCAGCUUGUGAGAUUGUGGGCGUCGACGAUCCCCUGGCUGUCGCUGAAUCCGGCGAAGAAAUAGUUCAGAGAAUCUACGACCGCCUGGAUGACGAGGCUAGGAGGCAGUCUACGACGAGUUCCGAACUGAUUAAGCAGAAGCUGGCAGAAGUUUGA